AUUAAGGAUUUGCCUCUUAAUCUGUUAUUUAAAAAAUUAAUUUAGCUGUUUUCUCUGUCAUUGUGUGCCAACCUCAGCAGUUUUGGAUGAACUGGGUUGGUUUCCAGCUGCAUGCUUAACUCUGUUUAAUUUGUCUGCUCACAUCUGAUCAUCAGGAAUGUUUUUUUGGAUUUACAGAGAUGGGACCAAAUCCUUCUUUUACAAAGUCACAAAGUUUCAACUCAAGUCCCAAGUCCAGACAAGCAGGAAGCCCUGCCCAUCAUCUGUCUCCUCGUUUCACUUUCAUAACCUGCUCCGAACAACAGUCAACUCAGGUCAACAUCACUGUCCAUUUGGAUGUUUUUCUCCUCUAACCAGCAGCAGCAACAUGCCUCUGGUAAACCCCUGGCUCAGGUGCCUCUUCAUCAGCUUCAACGUCUUCUUCGGGAUCUGUAGUGGACUCAUCAUCAUCGUCUCCUUGGCUCUGCUGUCUCCGUCGCUGGACGACUUGCAUGGAGGAGAAGACGUUGAAGUUCAGAGAACCAGUCGCUACACUACAGUUGUCCUCUACAUCGCUGGCUCUGUUAUCAUGGCGAUCGCCAUCUUGGGAGCCUAUGGAGCCUUUAAGAAGAACCGGGUAACUCUGACUGUGUUCCUGGUGUGUACGGUCAUUGGAAGUCUGCUGAUGCUCCAAGCUGGAGUCUCUGCUGCCAAAGCCCGACCCAAGUUGGCGAGUGUGAUGGAGGAAAGGUGGCGUUCGUUUCUUCCACUGGAUCAGGCUUCAGACGACAUCAAGAAUCAGGCUGAAGCUCUGCAGAAAUCACUGCACUGCUGUGGCCUGUUCAGUCAUGAGGACUGGAACGGGAACCUCCCGGCUCCUAACUUUGUGUUCAACCUUUUCUGGGAGAAGAAGUCUGUCUUCAGACAGCUGCUGGGCUCGGUGCCGUCUUCACUGAUGAUCUACCAGAUGUACAACACCUCCGACAGGCCGAACAUGCCGCUGUUUGUACCAGUGAUGUUCAUCGACCAGCCGCCUGCCUACCAGCAGCUGGACAACCUGGCAGAGUAG